GCCCGAGUUGUCAAGGCUUCGGAGGCAAGGCGCUGGAGAGCGGGGAACGGGGUGGAGUUAGAGGCCAAGGCGGGCACCCAAGAGGCAGGCCCAGAAGAGUACUGCCAGGAAGAGUCUGGCACCGAGGAGCAGAUGGCGGCUGGAGCAGCAUGGCCUGUGCUGCGCUCCAUAAACUCGCCUGAGCUCUCCCUGGUCAUUUGCAACCGCAGCCCACGCAUCGUGCUGCCUGUGUGGCUCAACUGCUAUGAAGAGCUGCUGCCUGGCAGGGACUUCUGCAUCCACAAUUUCCAAAGCCACCCAUGGCUCUUCAGAGAUGCAAGGACACACAAUAAACUUAUGGUUAACCAAACUGAACUGUUUACGCCAUGUUCCAAUGUUGAUGGACAGCCUGUUUUUGCCAACAUCACACUGCCAGCAUAUACCCUAAAAGAGCGAUGCCUCCAGGUUUUCCGAAGCCUAGUCAAGCCGGAGAAUUACAUGAGACUGGACAUCAUCAGAUCACUCUGUGACGAUCUGGAAGACCAGCCAAAUGUAUUGAAAGACCUGGAGCCGCUGAUGCAGGAGCACA